GCUACACACUCGUACUCAGGAGCAAAGACGAUUUGAUUGAUUUCUCCACAAGAGAUCCGACCCGAAUUCGAAAGCCCGGAAGAACCGAAUCGAUGAUGGUCAAGGAUGGUUUGAGCGACGACCAAGUCUCAUCAAUGAAGGAAGCAUUCACGCUCUUCGACACAGACGGCGACGGCAAAAUCGCACCAUCGGAGCUCGGAAUCUUAAUGCGAUCACUCGGCGGCAAUCCAACAGAAUCACAACUCAAAUCAAUCAUCGCGACGGAGAAUCUCUCGUCUCCGUUCGAUUUCAAUCGAUUCAUAGAUCUAAUGGCGAAACAUCUGAAAACAGAACCGUUUGAUCGCCAGCUUCGUGAUGCGUUCAAAGUACUCGAUAAAGAAGGUACUGGAUUCGUUGCUGUUGCAGAUCUGAGGCAUAUACUUACGAGUAUCGGUGAGAAAUUGCUGCCGAGUGAAUUCGAUGAGUGGAUCAAAGAGGUUGAUGUUGGAUCUGAUGGUAAGAUCCGUUAUGAGGAUUUUAUUGCUAGAAUGGUUGCUAAGUAAGAUCCGAAUUUUGAAAAUUGAAUUUUUGGAUUAGAACGAAUCUUAGGGUUUGUUCAUAAAAUGUUUAAUUGUUAAUGUAAUUGGAAAUUUGGUGUUAGAAUUGAUAAAUCUCUUUAUCUGUUUUAUGAUUAUGUAAUUUAAUAGAGUUGGAUUAAGCUGUGUUAUUCGAAAAGAUGGUUCCUUUUUUGUAUUGAAUUCUGCAAAUCUUGUAUACGUUCAUUGGUGCUUGAACUUGGUUCUUCAUGUUCUGCAUCAAAUCG